AUCAUUGGGACCAUUGACAUUUGCAUCAAAAUUUGUUCUAGUUGGGGAUCAUUAUCAAUUACCACCACUCAUCCAGAGUGCAGAGGCUAGAGAAAAUGGAAUGGCAGUAAGCCUGUUCUGCAGACUCUCAGAAGCUCAUCCCCAAGCAAUUUGUGCUUUGCAAAGCCAGUACCGCAUGUGUGCAGCCAUAAUGGAAUUAUCAAAUGCCUUGAUAUAUGGUCACAGAUUGCGAUGUGGUUCUUCUCAAGUAGAAAAUGCCAAAAUCAAGUACAUAACAUUGCCAUCUGGACCUACUUGGAUAAAGGAGGUUCUAAAUUUGACUGAGAUAGAACUUAGUCGGGUGGAUUUACAAGUUGGACUUUCUGGUGGAUUAUAUUUCAUGGAUGGAUCUCCUCAAGCAGUACGCCAGCUCCGCAACCUUAAUUCACAGAAGAUGGAACAUUGUCUUCAGGAGGAACUGCCCAGACUUGAAGAUAGGAAGUCUCUUGGCUGUAAUGAGAAAGUUGGACCAGGUGAUUGCGGAUAUGCUGGAAGAGGACAGAUUGAUGUGCCGAUAUGAGGCACAGAUAGCAAAGGCAUUUCCACAGUACGGCAUGCUAACACGCCACUUAGAUCCAAUAUCUGGAAGUUAAUCUUGAGAACCAAAGACUCAACAGAAAUUACACGUGCCUUCGUUGGGUAAUGUUGCAUAAGGCUUGCCUCACUUGAGUUAAAUUUAAGAGAAAGCUCUUUGUUUUCCUGCAUAAAAUGCUAUCUAUGUAAUGCUAUCUAUGUAAUGCUGAGUGCAUAUAGGGAAGAUGCCCACCACCUCUUCCUGCUUGUUGCAAGGGAUAGUAGGAACAUGUACUAAAAUCUUUUUGCCGUGCACCAUAAAGGCAUCUUAUAUCAGUUGGGAUGAUUGGAGGAUGGAGAAACUAUCUAGGAGUUACAGCGAACUAUCCGUAGGUUGCAUAUUUUGGAUGUUAUGGAUAGAGAGAAGUCUGAGGUGUUGAGGGGGUAUCAACUCCCAUGACUUCCCUAGGCGCAAGAUAUCUUGUGCUGUACUAACUUUUCUUAGUACUGUAAGUCACAUAAAUCGGUUUGUGGAUUU